AGGGGUUUAAAGAAAUUGAGCUGCCAAUAAUCUUGGGUUUUCUUUUCUCUUAGCCCAUAAAGCUUCCCCAUUUCAUAGAUGACUUUAUAAUACUAAGAAUUUCUGAUUCUUAGCUCAUUUCUGAGGGUUGCAUAAGAAUAAAGUUUGCGACUUGUAAGGCUAAAGCCUAUCAUAUAGUAUCCUGGUUAGUUAUUUUUACAUGUGGGGGGAUUAGGCUACAUUUUUCUGUUUUGGUGAUUGUCUCCUCGGAUUUACCUGUGGGCUGUUUGAGUUGAACACAUCUUUUGUUCUAUCUCACUAUAUCUAAUGAUUUGCUCUAACAAGAUUUUAUUUGAUGAACAUUCUGGAGUUAAGUAGAGUAGUAAAGCCAUUAUGUGCUGCAUGUGAUGUGGUUUUUGCAUCAAAAUUUAGGCCAGAAUCACGUCUAUCGUCUUGAGUGGUGACCCUGCUUCAUUUGUAGAUCGGCUAGGUUUCUUUGUGCGUUUUUUUUUCCACAAUCGUGAGCCUUCUAUUACAAUUCUCGAAUGUACUCGAGGUUUCUCUUAAUUAGAACUGGAGAGGAUAAUAGUCCAUGACUAUCAUAGUUUUGGUUAAGAUGCCUCUGUCUUGUCUUUGACAAUUCGUUCUGCGCCCUGACAAAAGGGAGGAGGAGGUUUGUGAGAGGAUGAUGGCCAUUUGCACUUAGUUAACACAAACGAUGCUGGCAGAACGUGGUUCUCUCGGAGGGGAAUAAAUAAUUUUUACUUGCUGUUGGAAUAUGGCUUCAGAAGCAGAGUACUCUGCAUUUGAGGAAAAGGUCAGACGAACUGUUUACCUUGAUAACCUCUCUCCACAGGUUACUGAACCGGUUGUCAGAAAAGCUAUCUCUCAGUUCGGGACAGUUAAAAAUGUUCAAUUCAUUCCAAAUUACUUGGAAACAAAGAACAUCCCCGUUUCUGCAUUGGUGGAGAUGGAGAACCCGAGGCAGGCUAAUGCCAUUGUCUCAGAAAUAUCUCACAGGCCUUUUAUGGUUGGUGGAAUUCCAAGGCCUGUGAGGGCACGUGAAGCGAAACCGGAGAUGUUUGAGGAUCGUCCUGCAAAGCCUGGUAGAAAGAUAGAGUUCCGUUGGGUGGAGACAAAGGAUCCUGACUUUGAAGUGGCAAAUAAAUUGAAGCAGCUUGCUAAGGAUCAUGCUCUUGAAGUUGACAUUGCGCUCAAUCAACAGUUGGAGGAUGAAGAGAAGCUUGCAGAGAGGCAGCAAGGAGCCCUCAAGGCGAAUCAUGAGAAGUAUGAAAUGAUAAAUGGUGUGAUAACGGAUGGAACUGCUAAGCGUUUGGCACAGCAUUAUCACAUUCCAGUUGCAGAUGAAUGUUUCUGAAAUUUGAUGUCAAGAGUCGAGACUUCUUGAGUAGAAACAACAACCAAGAUGAAGAAGCAUAUUAACUGUUUUAGUUAGCUUCAUAUAGAGUAUAUUGUAAGAAAUCCUGAAGGAUUUCACGGUCUGCAAUGUAUUUCGACACUUUUACCUAAUAUUAGCAUCAGCGUUGGCUUGCCUCUAGCUCUCAGCUUGAAAAUCUUUCAUUUCUCUUCCUAGUUGUGCUUACUGUCU